AUGGAAGGUGAACAGCUGCCACCAACUCUUCAAAAUAUCCUCGAUCAGACUUCGCUGAAGUGGAUUUUCUGUGGAGGAAAGGGAGGUGUUGGCAAAACGACUACUUCGUGCUCUCUCGCUAUUCAGCUUGCCAAAUGCCGCAAAUCGGUGCUGUUGAUUUCCACAGAUCCUGCUCACAACUUGUCGGAUGCCUUUGGACAAAAGUUCUCCAAGGACGCCACGAAAGUCAAUGGGUUCGAUAACCUUUUCGCCAUGGAGAUUGACCCUACGAGCUCUAUUCAAGAGAUGGUCGAGCAGUCUGAUUCAAACGGCAUGAUGGGCUCCAUGAUGCAAGAUCUGGCCUUUGCUAUCCCUGGUGUAGAUGAAGCUAUGAGUUUUGCAGAGAUCAUGAAACACGUCAAAUCUAUGGAGUACUCUGUGAUCGUCUUCGAUACCGCACCAACAGGUCAUACCCUUCGUUUCUUGUCGUUCCCUACCGUCCUCGAGAAAGCAUUGGGAAAGCUCAGCAGCCUCGGAUCUCGGUUUGGGCCUAUGAUCAGUCAGAUGUCAGCGAUGAUGGGGGGAGAAGCUGGCACCCAAGAGGAUAUGUUUGCCAAAUUGGAGAACAUGCGUGCCGUUAUUACUGAGGUCAACACCCAAUUCAAAGACCCAGAAAAGACCACUUUCGUCUGUGUUUGCAUCUCGGAAUUCUUGUCUCUGUACGAGACAGAACGUCUGAUUCAGGAGCUUACCGCGUACGAGAUCGAUACCCACAACAUCGUCGUGAAUCAGCUGCUGUUCCCUAAGAAAUCUUCGAACUGUGAACACUGCUCUGUCCGUCAGAAGAUGCAGCAAAAAUACCUUGGCGAAGCUCAUGAAUUAUACGACGAGUUUUUCCACAUCGUCCAACUUCCAUUACUUACAGAGGAAGUUCGUGGGCCGGAGAAGCUGAAGGCUUUCAGCCAGAUGCUCGUUGAGCCCUACGUUCCUCCACAGGAUUAA